AUGGAUAGAGACACUGACCACGAUGCCUACAGCGCUGAAACCUUGCGCGAGACUGAAUAUCCUAUGCUUAAAGGGGAGACAUAUCUCGACCAUACCGGUACGACUCUCUACGCACAGUCCGCUCUCAAAAGCUUCACCGAGGAAAUGUCCACCAGCCUCCUUGGAAACCCGCACUCUGAUUCACGGUCGUCGCAACUCUCAACAAAAAAGGUCGAAGAGGUCCGAAAGCGGACAUUAGAGUUCUUCAACGCCGACCCGGAGCAUUUCGAUUUAGUUUUUGUUAUGAAUGCUACUGCGGCAGUUAAGCUCGUUCUCGAGGCAUUAAAGGAUGUACCCGUGUCCCAGGACCUAGAGAGGACCUCCUGGGGGCCGAGGUUCUGGCUCGGAUAUCAUCUUGAGUCCCAUACAAGCAUUCUGGGUGUGCGCGAACUGGCAGAUGCCGGACAACAUUGCUUCGUCUCGGAUGAUGAAGUCGAGUCCUGGCUCAGACCCACGUCCUCCAAGGACGAGACUGGUCGAUGUCCAGGGCAAAUUUCGAAAACCUUCCAAGUGGGCCUAUUCGCGUACCCAGGACAGACAAAUAUAAACGGACGACGGCUGCCUCUUCACUGGCCAGAAGUUUUACGCCAAUCGAAAGAUGCCUCCCACCAGCGGGUGUUCAGCCUUUUGGAUGCCGCAGCUCUAGCCUCGACCAUGUCACUGGACUGCUUCCGUGAGCCGGAUACAGCCCCCGACUUCACAGCCGUCAGCUUCUACAAGAUUUUCGGCUUUCCUGAUCUGGGAGGGUUGAUCGUGCGCAAGAAAUCUGCACAUGUAUUGCAGCAGCGUUCCUACUUCGGUGGUGGCACCGUGGAGAUGGCCACCUGCUCCGACCGACCAUGGCAUUCUCGAAAAGUAGCCUGCAUCCACGAGGCACUCGAGGAUGGUACUGUCCCAUUUCAUAAUAUCGUUGCUCUCGGAUGUGCUCUUACAACACAUGAGCAGCUGUAUAUCUCCCAGGAGCACGUGUCUUGCCAUACAACCCGCCUCACUGUACGCCUCUACGAGCUGCUCUCUUCUAUGCGCCACUCAGACGGCGAGAGAGUGUGCGAGAUUUAUAAAGAUCACACUGCCACAUAUGGCGACAGUAAGACUCAAGGGAGCAUCAUCGCCUUCAACAUCCGCUCUGAUGAAGGCCGGUGGCUAGGCCUCUCUCAUAUCGAGAAAGCUGCCAAUGAGCACCGCAUCCAUCUUCGCACGGGUACUGUUUGCAACCCAGGGGGCCUAGCAAAGAUACUAAACCUGGAGCAGUGGGAGCUGUUCCAGAACUACACGGCCGGUGUUCGAUGCGGAUGUCGCAGCGUGCUCAUUGGACAUAAGCCUUCGGGUAUAAUCAGAGUCAGUUUGGGCGCCAUGAGUACCAUAAGCGACGUCGAGAUCUUCGUGAGGUUCAUCCGCAACCUCUCCGCGGCUGGCUCUCUUCCUCUGCUGACACCCACGCCUCUUCCCUCGCCCCAGAGCCUUCGACUGCAUACUCUGAUGGUUUACCCAAUCAAGGGCUGCGCUGCAUACACCGUGCUAGAGAAUAAGCCCUGGCAGGUCACCUCAACCGGCCUGCAGUGGGACCGCCAAUGGUGUAUAGUCAACUUGCAAACCGGAUCAGUGGUCGAUAAGAAGGAGGUUCCACGCAUAUUACUUAUCGAGCCUGAGAUCGAUUCCAAAAACGGGAUUUUGCGAAUCAGCGUCCACCACUCGCUGCAGCAGAGCCAUCCCAAACUGCGAGGCACUAUAGAAGUCCCACUGUUCCACCCGGGCGAAAGGAACCCCUCCAACAAGACGGGUAGCUAUCAAUAUUGGACUACCGUCGUCCAGGAGGUCCGCCAUCCCUGCAGCAACGCCCCUCAGCAUGUUCAACUCUAUGAAUCGCCCGAUCUCGCUACCUUUCUGACCGCCGCCCUUACCGUUCCCUGUACUCUCGCGAGGUUUUUCCAUCCGGAAUGUCUACCGGGGCGCCCUUCGGAUCAACUCCCGAACCAUUUGGCGGAGGUGACGGUCUGCUCCAGCCAGGAUUCCACGAUUGAUCGAUAUCCGAUACCCAUCCCAGUUGAAGCGGAGAGUGGCCGAUCCAGACCACGCGCUAUUGCUCUGAUGGAGAUCCUGCGAGUCAAUGCACUGAUGUAUUCUAAUCUAGAGUCUGGGCACCGACAAUGGUAUCUAAUGCGUAUUGGACGGAGGGAUCUAAAUGGUGAAAAUGACAAAGCGCGCGUCAUUCAUUACGGGCGUAUGAAGGCGGUUGAAAUGACCGCGGAGCGACAAGGGCCCGAGAUCUUUGAGGCGACGAGCCCCGUGGUCAAGAUCUCAUGGAGUGAGGGUAGUUGUAGUGGUAGUGAUGAUCAAGUUGAUCAUGAUGCAAAGGUUAUGGGCUCGCUUGAUGGAAUGCUGCCAAUUCAUGCUGGUCAGAUUGUUCAGGUCUAG